AUGUUACUGUUACAGAACCAGAUUUUCCCACUGGACAUGACACCUGAUUCUGUUGACGACAAAUAUGAGGGCUGCAGAGACGAAGCCUUUAAGAGGGUGGAUGGCUACUACCUCCCACAUGAGAAAACCACCACCACUAACUUCAGAAGAGCCUGGGACAUAGCAGAGAAACAUGCAUCCAAUCCAAAAGAUGGUCUGCAAAAAGUGCAUUCCAUCGCUAUGUAUUUGUUCACAAAUAACAAACCCCAACCUCCCUCUGAAUCCAUCUACAUAGACUUCAACGAAGCAGUUAGACGAGGCAGACAUGGGUAUGGAACGUCAUUCCAGUACCAUUCCCUGCACUUCUAUCUAACCGACGCCAUUCAGAUUCUCAAACAAAGUCAAACAACAUGUAGGACCACCUACUUUAGAACAAACGUAACGUUUGAUCAGGAUGUUGACAACGAAGAAAUGCGCUUUGGUUAUUUUGUCUCAAGUUCUUUACGUAAGACCUUAUACCAUUUUGGAGACACAUCCUGCUUUGAGAUCAACACAUGUUUUGGUGUUAACCUGACAUAUUACUCUGCCUAUGCAAACGAGGGGGACGUUUUGAUUCCUCCCUAUGAGGUAUUCAAAGUGACCAACGUCCAGACAAAGGCAGCAGUCGGUAACCUGUGGUGUAAAGUCGUCUACACUCUAAAGAGCACUAGGAAAUGGAAGAGUGACCUGAAUUGUAAAGCAAUAGAUACAGGCUCCUGCUACAUAAAGCUAUUGACUAUGUUCAUAGUCACAAUAGUGUUCAUAUAUUUACAACACUGAAUCAGACUGCACAGAUAGCAGCUCUGUAGGGAGGAUUAUUUAGAAUGAAAGAAUAUAGUCAUCAAAUCAAAGAAAUGUAAUAUACACAACUAAAAUAUUGUAUUAAAGAAAUGUAAUAUACACAACAACUGAAAUAUUGUAUUAA